AUGGCGCCCAAGGCUAAGGGCGGCGAGCAGCCGAAAAAGACCAAAGCCUCGGUCGAAGACAAGACUUUUGGCAUGAAAAAUAAAAAGGGUGGCACCGCAAAGAGACAGAUUGCGCAACUUCAGGCCCAAGCAAAGUCGAACAAGUCCCCUGAAGAGAAGCGGAAAGAAGCCGAGAAGGAACAGAGAAAGAAGGAGAAGGAAGCAGCCGAAAAGGCCAAAGCCGAGGCCGCUGAACUCUUCAAGCCCAUCCAAGUCCAAAAGGUCCCCUUUGGUGUGGACCCCAAAACAGUGCUGUGUCAGUUCUUCAAGCAGGGCCACUGCGACAAAGGGAAGAAAUGCAAAUUUAGCCAUGACUUAGAAGUGAUCAAGAAAGUGGCCAAGAAGGACCUGUACCAAGACACUCGGGAACAGGACAAAGAGGAGAAAGAGAAAGACAAUAUGGAGGAUUGGGAUGAAGAGAAGCUACGAAAGGUGGUGCUCAGUAAACAUGGAAAUCCCCGGACCACCACGGAUAAAGUGUGCAAAUACUUCAUCCAAGCAGUGGAAGAUGGGAAGUAUGGCUGGUUCUGGACUUGUCCCAAUGGAGGAGAUAAGUGCAUGUACAAGCACAGCUUGCCGCCUGGGUUCGUCUUGAAAACCAAGGAACAGAGGCGUGCCGAGAAGGCAUUGAUGGACAAGUCUCCGAUGAACACACUGACUCUGGAAGAUUUCCUGGAAUCGGAACGACAUAAACUGACAGGAACUUUGACACCUGUGACACCAGAGUCAUUCGCUAAGUGGAAGAAAGAGCGCAUGGACAAGAAGGCUGCCGAAGCAGAGGCCUUGAAAGCGAAAGAUGCGACGGGCAGAGCCAUGUUUGAAAGUGGAAACUGGAAAGACUCGGAAGACGAAGACAGUGAGGACGAGGACGACGAGGGGGAUGACGGUGACGACGACGCAUGGAACCUCGAAGCUAUGCGCAAAGAGACCGAACGACUGCGAAUGCUAAAGGAAGAGGAGCGGUUAGCCAAAGCGAACGGUGAACCCGUGCCCGACCGGAACGAUGAUACCGAGAGCAACGCGGCAGAGAGUGAAGAAGGCGGCAACGAUAAUGAUGAGGACGGCGGGAGUGCGAGCAGCGAUGAUGGCAGAGAAGCUCUCAUCCAGACCAAUGGAGAGGGUAGUGGGACAUGA